AACAAUUCCCACAGACUACACGCUACACAGCUCGCUCACAGUCGUAGCGCAAAUAAAAUUUAAAAAAAACCUGAGGCAUUUUUUUUGGACUAAAAUUUUGAUUUUUAAAGGCUGCCUCGCCAUUUGUGUUUCCUGCCAAAGAGUGUCAAGACGGAUGCGACCAUUUUAAUUGGAUUUGCCUCCUCCUGUCGAAUAAUAACGAUGCGCCUCUCCGGCUGAGUGUGGGGUGGACAACGCAGGUCCCCCAUGUGAGAUCUGCAAAGCUGAAAGGGCGCCACUGACAAGACCACAGCCAGGCCUUAAGACAGACAUCCCAAACAUCCACAGCCACGGAAUGUGUCAACAUCUUUGUGGUGAAAUCCUGCUGACUCCUCGCUUGCUACUCACAUAAGCCUGGAGCUGGGCCUUGUGGGAUCCUACGGUGUUUGAAGGCCUACAACGAUGCCUGGGAGGCCCACCUGCCCCAGAUUGCCUCCAACCAUGGUUGCUGUUUCGCCGCAGUGCUGAUUGUGCCCACUACAGAGAGGGAUCACAUCCGGCCAGUGCAUCCUUCAGCCCUGUGCAGACUCACUCUGUGCAAUUGUCUGCCACCUAUUUGGUAUUUAGGAAGUAAAUGCCACUGUCAACCAGAUGACCUAGUGGACAUUUGUUUCCUAGUAGCAGUGCUGAACUAUACGAGGGGAUCCUAGUAUUGAACAUGACUCAUGGGGAGGAGCCUGGCCCUGAGACACACAAGGAUUCAGCUGUUCUAACUUAUCUGGAAGGUUUACUGAUGCAUCCAGUGGUAGCCGGGCCUGGGGCCACGGCAAGCGGGAGAUCUGAGGCUGCCCACAGCAACCAGGAGCAGGGUGACAAGGUGGGUGGGCCCUUCCAACUGUCCAACCAUGGCCCCACAGCUCCCAAGGCUGGAACCAACGGGCCCACAAUGGGUUCUUCACAGCACCUGAAGAAGGCCCGCCUACUGCGCUCUGGUGCCUGGAAUGAUCCAGGGAACCAGCGGAUGAGUUCACCCCCAAUGGAGCUGAAUGGCCAAGGGGGAGGCCUGCAAAAUGGAGCACUAGAGGGAUCCCCUCACGCCGGGGAGAGCACCCUGUUGGCUUCCCUGCUUCAGUCAUUCAGCUCACGGCUUCAGAGUGUAGCAAUGUCUCAGCACUCUAAUAAACCCCCCAGUGAGUGUUCCUCUCCCUCCAAGGCACCACCUGCAGACAAAGAGCCAGUUCCUGUGUAUGGGACAGCCUCAAGCCGCUUGAAGGGCCUAAUGAGGAAGAGCAAACUUCAAAAUCACAGCAACACACCUUACAGUCGACGGGGACAUAGUCAGGACAGACCCCCAGAAUCCCCUCGGUCAGCACACAGCGCCACGCCUCCCUCUGCACCAACAGCUGCUGAAUCAGUGUCCUGUGCCGAGCGUCUGAAGGCCGUGGCCAACAUGGUGAAAAUUCGGUCUAGUCCAGCACCUUCACCCAAGCCCAGUGUGGCCUGCAGUCAACUGGCCCUGCUGCUGUCCAGUGAAGCCCAUCUCCAGCAGUACUCCAGAGAGCAUGCCCUCAAAGCCCAGCUCUCUGGAAGAUCUGCCAGCGAGAGACUAGCUGCCAUGGCAAACCAGCAGCAUGGCCAGGACAAAAGGCCACCUAGUGUGGGAGGGACUCUGCCUGGAGCCCCAGACACACUAAGCUCCUUAACAACCCAAAAUGGAAUGACAACAACAGCCACAAUAACAACAACACUCCCUCGAACGGCCCUGUCCAGUCCACAGAGCCCUUCUUUGCUGCGUGGCCAUAGCCAAAGCUCCCCGCCCACUACCCCUCAUGCUCCAAACCACACUGACAGCCAACCACCUAGGGAGAAGCGAGGCUUUGACUCACGUCCAACCCGUCCCCCCCAGACAUGCAGCAGCUUGCUGCUGCUGCUACUCAACAACCACAACAACCAGAAGCAGCUGACCAAGAAUGGACACCUGGAGGACAGCUGUGGCAUUCUGCCACCAAGUGGCUCCUCUUCAGUCACAUCAGACAGCGAGUGCUCUAUCCAGGAGAGAAGCCUGACCAAGGACAGCAGUGAUGCAGAGAGUUCCUACUCAAGUUGCUCUCCCAUUGACCUCUCCAUGAGAAGCCGGGUGAAUACACAAGACACAGGGCCCAAAACUACCACCCCCUCUUCCUCCUUCUCCUCCUUCUCCUCCUCCACCUCUACCCUCUCUUCUUCCACCAGUGUGUUUUCCUCCACUCCAGUUGCAUUCUCUCCCCAAGCUUCCACCACGACCUUUUCGCCAUCCUCUACUGUCGUCUCCUCUGUGUCCACUGCUAUUUCUUCCUCUUCCUCUAUGUCUACCUCUUCCCUGGACAAACUAACAGAAUCUUUAAUAAACAAGUGGAAACCAGAGCCAUCAGGAUCAAAAGUGUCCAACAACAAGGAGCCUGAAAUGAGCCCAGACCUAAAAUCCCACCCUAAGGUCACUCUUAUGCAGCUUCUUCUUGAGCGCAGAAAUAAUGAAAUGGUUAAUAAAAGUGUAGUUAACCAGGAUUUACCACUUGAUAUAACUAUGUCCACCAUGGCUCGAGGCCAGCCAAAGGGACUGGUGCCCUGGGAGGAGACCAGGACAAAAAGCUCCAUAGACAGACCUGUAGUCCCAGCCCAGCCCCUCUACUCACUUAGUCGUGAUCCUAGUGGCGCACUAUCCCCUUACUCUUACCCCUCCCCCCAUGUCCAAUCCAGCCCACUGGAUUUGUGUAAGUCUAAAGCCUUCCCUGCUGAGAAGAAUUCAGAGCCCGCCUUCAGUGCCAGUAAACUGUUACAGAAUCUGGCUCAGUGUGGCACAGCUUCUUCUUCCCCACCCAUCCCCUCCAGCAAAGGGCUGGGUCAGGAGCCCGAUGCCAGCAGGCCCCUUGCCCUAUUGGAAAGGCUUAAUGCUCCAAUCCAUAGGACCACCACCACUCCACUCUCUGAUGGACCAUCAGGCAGUGGCACACCUUUCAGUCGGAAGGAGGCUUCUCCUCCGUCAUCACAGAUUGAGAACCUUCUAGAGCGGCGCACCGUGCUGCAGCUCCUUCUAGGAACAGGCUCAGCUACUGCGACAGUCGGCCGCAAAGAUAGGCCCGGUGGCAGUGGCAGAAGGAGUGUGGACGUGGCUGGAGGGUGCUAUGAGAAGAGCCCUGGUGUUUCCAUCAUCUGUGACAGCUCCAAUGGCCCCCCUUCGGACAUAAAGGUCAAAACGGAGCUCAUGGAAGAGGUGGGACCAUCCCCAGUCAUGUCUGAGGACUCGAGUGGCAGAAAGAGACCUAGUGGCUAUGAGAAGAAUAGCCCCCUUUCAGAUUCUCAGCACGACUUUAAAACAGAACCGCGGCCUGCAGAGGUCAUUGCAAAAUACGGCCUCCUCAGCCAGUUGCUUAAACAACAGACUGCUACCUACUAUACCAGUGCUGCUGUGCAGGCUGAGUCACAGCCCAGACAGUUUAAAGAGGAACAGAGGGAGUAUCCAAGCCCCAGUCCUAAGAAGAGACGUCUCUGCUCUGAUCGGACUGAUACUUUGAAUAAUACCAGCUCUCCAAGAGCAGCAGAGAGUGGCAACACAAACAUUUUUGCCUCUUCUGCUGUUCAGGAAGAGCCUGAGCAGCAGAGGAGUCUGAAAGAAGAGGAGGCUCCAUCCAGGAGCCCACCAAGUGAAACCCUCACCAGAGAGAGCCGGGGCUUCAAUGUGCUCAAACAGCUGCUGCUCUCUGACAACUGUCUGAAGGAGCUGUCCCAGCAGCCCCGGGGGACACCCAGUCCUUCCGUCCUGCAGGCCAAUGGGAAGGCCAAUGGCAGCAUUCUCAGCCAGCCUGCCCAUAAUCACAGCUUCCUCCACCUGCCUAGCUGGCACCCCCAUGGUUCCCUCAACUCAGGGCUCCCGAGUAAUCUCAGACCACUGCCCACCCCCCCUGCAGGUGACAGCCCUAUCCAUACCCCAUGGAGUCGCCACCCAGCUCCAUGGCCAGUCACUCAAAAACGGGACCCCCCUACUCUAGUCAAACAGGAGCCUGAGAGUCCUGUGCGAUGGAGUAGUCAGGAGGAGGAGGAGGGUUGUGACUCAAACCUGGACUCUCCACGGCUCUCGCGUUCCAACCCCAUCCUGUAUUACAUGUUGCAGAAGGGCAGCAUUCAGCUGAGGAAGGAGGUGAGGGAUCAGACAGAGGGAACCCAGUCUGUAGUCAGAGUUAAAGAAGAGCCAAUCAGUGACAUGCAUGCCUAUGAACACAGUCUGAGCUCCACCCCGCAAUCACCGACCCACAAUGACAAGCACAGCCAUGAGAGCCAGGGGCUGAGCCAAUCAUCUGAAUAGAAGUUGUAUCAACUACAGAAAAAAACAAAAUGGAAUCGAAUUCAUUGACUCUUUUUCUUUUUUUUUUUUCUUUUUUAAUGGCUUGCCAAAUUGGUUUGAUGAAACAACUAACAAAGAAUGCAAACAUGAUUUUUUUAGUGGAAUAGAGCAAGUUCAAAUUCAAAUGCGUACUUCAGAUGCAUACAUACAUUGGUUUCUCAAUUUUAAAUAGUGAGGUCAUGGAAUGGUACAAAACAGGUCUAUCUUAGCAAAAUGUCUAAUUGAUUUAACCAAAACUGCACAACUGUCACAAAUUUAACCUUUCCCAUCAGUGAUUAUCAUGCACUAUAUAUUUUAUUUUGUCAGUUAUUAAGUCCUCCUUUCCAAUUUGGUCUUGUUUUACACUUAUUAUUUAUAUCUGAAUUGUACACAUAUCACUAUUCCAUGUCCUCUUUGUUGUCUGCCAUAAAAGAUUUAGAAAGAACAUUUCAGGCAACAUUUAUUAUUGACGACUCCAAAAAUGUUAGCGCUCAGUUCAGUGGACAUUUAUUUAUUUUCUCCAUUAGAACAUUUUCAGAUAGACAGAGUCCCAUCAAUUUUAGAUAAGAUUCCAAAUAAAGUCAUUCUAGGGCAGACACAGUGGUCUAUUACAACUAUGUACAUGACAAAUUCAUUCUAAGGAGGACCUUGAAAACAAUAUUCACGCUGCAAUAGCUUCAGCGAGGAUCCUACCACAAUGAAUGCUUUGUCUUGCUUUUCCUCAAGAUUCAUGGUAUGGUAUAAUUACCAAUGGAGUAAGAAUAUAUCAAUGGAGAUUUGAAUGGUCACGAUUCAUUGAGUUAUGCUUUUAUUUGAAUUGAACUUUUAAGGGCAAUAUUCUACAGUGCAAAUUCAGGGUGAUGCGUAUGUAGAUUGUGCAGUCUUGAACAGAUGGGUCAACAGAGCGUGUGCGGUGCUUACAGUUGAGCAACUGUAUGUAAACAGGUUUCUAGAGCAACAGUUAAAAGGUUGCAGUGUCUGAGAAACUUAUCUUACCAUCCUGGGUAAACCCGCACCACUUUUCUUCAUGCACACAAAAGUUCAGAGUGUGAAGCACACGGCUUUUUCUUUUUUAUUAAGGAGCACCCAGAGUUUGCACUGUCGAAGCUGAGUCCUCUGUGUCCUUUUCAGAAUAAUUUAAUGGCAUGUAAUAAAAAAAAUGUCAGUAUUGUUAUCUGUUCAGAAUUUGACAGUUUGUGGGUUUCUUUCAUCACUUCUUAACUGUUGUGGUUUAUGGACAUAUUUUAUUUUGUGGCAGUCUCUUAACUCAUAAAAUGUCAAAAGAAUUGCAUGAUAAUUAGAGAAGACCACAGGUACAUCUUUCUUUUCAAAGCAGCUGGAUAUGUGUACCUGCCCCCCAAUAAUCACCAAGACAUUUUGGUGUCUUGAGGGAUAUCUGGUAUCUAGCUCUUUAUUUUGAUUGUACUGUAUUCCUUUAAGUUAAUUUCACACAUUGCUUCAUCCAUUUAGUCUUGUGAUCUUUUUAAUACAUAUACCUAUGAAGUACGUCUCUUCGAUUAUUAAUACAUUUUCACAAUGGUUAAAUAUAUUUGUGUAAAUAGUACUUUCAGUAUGAAAGAUGACUAUUUUGUAAUGUUUAAGAAAAGAUAUUACCCUAGUUUUUAAUGCCCUGAUAUGUAAAUAUGAAUUAUAUGCGUACAAGUGUACAUACAAAGGCAGAGGAUGCUAUGCCCAUCUUUUUUUGGUUGGUUUGUUCUUUGCAUGUGUCUCUAUGUGGUAAAUGAUAAUCUAUCCUGCGCUGUGUUGUGUAAUAAUGUCUGACUCUCCUCACUGCUGCCUGUUGCAUGCAGACGCAUGGGAACUACCUGUGUAUCCCUACUGGUGAUGGGGGAAAAUGUCAAGUCUUAAAAUAGGUCUUUUUUAUCACAGAGAGAGGUUCGUUUAGAAUAUGAACAGUCCCUAAAUAACCACAGACUGUUGAGCAAGUUGAUUUAAAAUGUGUGAAAAAUAAACGUGCAUUGAAUAUUUUUGUGAUUUUCUUUUCUGUUACUGGUUAACAAAGCUCUGUGAAAGAGCUUGGGGCUAUAGUGGGGGAUUGACGUACAAUCAUAGAUCUGCAUUGUGCAUCUAAGAAAUACAUUUGUAGCAGCAAAUACUAAAAAAAAGGUGUUUCAUUUUUUCAUGUGAAACCUGAAACAUUAUUUCAUUUUUUAUGUUUUCAUUUUUGGUGUUCAUUUGCACUGAUAUCUCAGAAAUAAAGUACUGAAAUGCA